UUUGUUAAAAUUAUAGUGAAAUAUCGACCACAGCCAUGUGAAGUACCGCAAGGCAAUAUAAUCAGACCGAGUGUGAAUUGUUUGGAUGAUUUUGUGCAACUCAUCGAACCUUUCAUUUUCAUUUCAGCAACCCUACGGGUGCAAAUCGAUCAACCAAAGAAUCUUCACGUACAACCCGGCGGAACAGCGCAAUGGUACUGCAGAAUUGUUGGACCUAGAGGACCAAAUCUACGUCUUGAAUGGACCAAAGUGGGCACAAACGCUCUGCCCUCAUCAGCCAUCCAAACCAACGGACAACUGAUCAUCAAUAACGCGCACGAGGAAGAUGCUGGACAGUAUCGUUGCACGGCACAAGGUCCACAUCAGUUUGCCACCGACGAUGCAACACUUGUGGUUGCACAACGACAACGUAUGUUACUUGCCUCAGAAGUUAUGUAUUUUGGUGAUAACAAUGAUAACGGGUUUGCAGCAAACGAGCCUGUCAUAAGUCCUGAGGCACAGACAGUUGACGAAGGUGCUCAGGCAACUUUCCUAUGCACCAUAGCUGAUGCGGCAGUGGACUCUGAGCUGAAAUGGCGACGUGAGGAUGGUGCCGAUUUGGGAUAUGACGUUGAGCAGGAUGAGGGUGUGUUGAGAUUUACCAAUGUGCAGCCAUCGGAUGCUGGCGCUUAUAUUUGCUAUACGGAAGAUGAAGACGGGGAAACAAUUGAAUCGUCACCGGCAUACUUGAAUAUCAGGCCAACUGCACGUAUGUUGUCUCAUUCAGUCAGAGAUAACAUUCACGAUUCGUUUUUUAACGAGCCUUUUUGCUCGAUCGUGUCAUCGUUUUGA